AAUGCAUACUCCUAUAUCAGAGAAUGAUCUGGAAAUGUAGUUGCUGCAGUGAUUUUUCUGGAGCGGAAAAUUAAUUAUUCCCUGUGCAUUGUGAUGCGUUAAAAAUGUGGGAAAAAAAAAUCUCACAUAAAGCUUUAUUGCAAAAUGUUACCAUGGGGUGUCAAGCUGAGCGUUUGACUUCUGAUUAGAGACAUUUCUUACAGGGUUCAGGAGCUGCUGACAAUGAUUCUGAUUAUAGUUCUAUCAUAAAUGUGUGGUGAUUGUUGGAGGUGCUAAAUAAUUCGUUUUCCUAGACUGCUAAUAACGCUUUAUCUUUAGAAGUCUGAGGUGAGUGCAAUAACAUUAGAUUUAUCACACUGCAUCUAGUUUCUGAUGUUGCACUGGCAGACCUACAAGAUUGUGUGUUUUUUUUUUCUCUUUUCCUGUUAUGCUCUGUUCGUCACCCCGGCACAUCCGUCACUGCUGCUGGUGCAGGACUGAGCAGUGACAUGCUGUGAGCUGAAAACCGCCGUCAUGAUGGAUUUCCUAACACCCUCAUUUCGGGUUCGAGGUUUUUUUUUUCUUUCUGGCUUGUCAACCUGCCCGUUUUGCAUUCAUACUCGUACUUUUUGCUAAUCAAAGCAGCCACCCCUUUGACUGGAUACCCUCCAGAGGUGGAUAGUUCAGGUCCACAGAGUAAAAGUCCAGACCGAGAUUUUGUUUCAACCAACCAGUUGAGUACUUUAUGACUGUGACCUUUUUAUACUCAACUGGUUGGUUGAAACCAGUAUGAAAAAAACAGCCAUCUACUUGGGACUGAGAUGACUGGCACCAGCAAUCAUAUCAUUUUAAAAAUUGCUUAGAUCAGUGUUUUUUGGUGCGAUCUUUCAGGACCCUAGACAGUCCACAUAUUUGCUCCCUCCCAGCUCCCUGCCAGACAGUCCACAUUUUUGCUCCCUCCCAGCUCCCUGCCAGACGGUCAACAUUUUUACUCCCUCCCAGCUCCCUGCCAGACAGUCCACAUUUUUGCUCCCUCCUAAGAGCUGGGGUUAGAGCAAAAACAUGAACUGUCUGGGAGUCCCCAAGGACUGGGUUGAGAAACAAUGGCUUAGAUCAUACUUCACAUGACUGGCUUUUUGCAUUAGCAUCCAGAUAUAACUAAUAAACUGGCCACCAUGUUUCAUCUUCAGUUUUUUGUUCAGACAUUUAGGUCCCAGUUUAUAACAAAUGUUUUGUAAUGUAUUGCGCAUGGCUGAUUGUCUUGAUGUUAUUGUAUUGCUGAUUUAUGAUUUUGGCGCUUCCGUCACCAGUCAGCAUGGAAACAUUUGUCUUCCACAAGGCCCAGAUUGACUAAAGAUAGCAUUCGUGUAAAUGUGAGCCUGUGAAGGUAAUUAAUAAACUCCUUCCAUCACCGUCCCAGAUACUUUUACUUUAGAAAUCUAUUCUAGAACUUUCUUCUUUACACAAUUAAACUGAUUAUUUUUAUUUCUCUCAUCCUGUUGAGUAUACCCUGAUUAAAUGUGUGAAAUAUCCAUCCAUUCAUUUUCCAUAUGCCCUUAAAAAUGCCCCUGGAGUCUAUCCUGGGGAACUUGCGGAACGUGGUCAUGUGGAACGUGAACAGACGGAACGGGAACAUGCGGAACAGGAAUGCCCUAGAUGGGAUGGAAUGUGAAAUAACCAGCGUUCAUUUCCCAUCUAUAACUGUUCCACAUCAGCUUCUUAUAACACUGUCCCCACCUAAAUACAGAAACAGCCUCCAUUACUUUAGAAAACACAAACAAUGAUGUACCAUUUAUUCUAUUGUGUUGGCUCACUUUAUAUGCCUUUGCCCAUGUUCCAAAUGUAGCCCUGUGCUAUAUUUUCUUUUAUUUCCUUGUUUUUGAAAAAUGUUACAAAAUGUAUUAAAGUCGCUUUUGAAUAUACUGUGCCAAAAUCUGUUUAUUUUCUCAAGGCCUGACUUUUGUUUGUAUUUUAAAAUAUUAUGUUAAUUUCUGUGAGUUUAUUGGGUGAAAAUGGAUAGUGACCUUUGAACCUGACCCUGUUGCAGGAAAAGCGGGAAGAAAAAGGGAGUGGGGAUGGUUGCGCGCAGACGGAUAGUGCCGAGGAAAGUUGUAAUUAUACGGUUAAUAUCCACCUCUAGGCUUUAGAAGUGGAAUUACGCACGUGUCAGUUACCAUCGUCCUGAAGGGACACGGACUCGUUGGACUGAGUUUGUUGCGACUUCAGAUGUCAAGUUCGCCGUUCACCUGCGCAAGGUGGGCGAAGGGGAAACUGGACGCCAGCCAAACGGGUCUGCAGGAGAUACGGGCUCCCAGGCGUCCCCCCGCGACGGAGCUUCGCGCCUCUCCUGAAGCGGCAGCUCUCUCCAGAAUGACAAUGACGACGACGAGGUGACAAACAAAACGUGGGUGCUGACUCCGAAGGUCUACGAGAGUGACGUCACGCACAUUUUGAACAGCUUGCUAGAUGGCUAUGAUAAUAAGCUGCGACCGGACAUAGGGGUGAAACCAACUGUAAUCCACACCGAUAUGUUCGUGAACAGUAUCGGCCCAGUGAACGCUAUUAACAUGGAGUACACCAUCGAUAUAUUCUUUGCCCAAACGUGGUACGACAGGCGUCUGAAAUUUAACAGCACGAUGAAAGUGUUGCGACUCAACAGCAACAUGGUGGGCAAGAUCUGGAUCCCCGACACCUUCUUCCGCAACUCCAAGAAGGCCGACGCGCAUUGGAUCACUACACCCAACCGCAUGCUGAGGAUCUGGAACGAUGGCAGGAUCCUCUACACCUUGAGGUUGACCAUCGAUGCCGAGUGCCAGCUUAAACUGAACAACUUUCCGAUGGAUGAACAUUCCUGCCCCCUGGAGUUUUCAAGCUAUGGCUACCCCAAGGAGGAGAUAGUCUACAGGUGGAAGAGGAGCUCCGUGGAGGUUGGUGACAUCCGUUCCUGGAGGCUGUACCAAUUCUCUUUCGUUGGACUGAGGAACACGUCGGAGAUCGUGAGGACAGUGUCAGGAGACUAUGUGGUCCUGACUGUCUUCUUCGAGCUGAGCAGACGGAUGGGCUACUUCACCAUUCAGACCUACAUCCCUUGCACCCUCAUCGUCGUCCUGUCCUGGGUGUCCUUCUGGAUUAACAAGGAUGCCGUGCCAGCAAGGACCUCCUUAGGUAUCACCACGGUGCUUACCAUGACAACUCUGAGCACCAUCGCCCGGAAGUCUCUACCCAAGGUGUCCUACGUGACGGCCAUGGACCUCUUCGUGUCCGUCUGCUUCAUCUUCGUGUUCGCCGCCCUCAUCGAAUACGGCACGCUCCACUACUUCGUGAGCAACCGGAAGCCUAGCCAAAAAAAGGACAAGAAGAAGAAAAACCCGCUUCUCCGGCUGUUUUCUUCAAAGACCCCCACGGUAGACAUCCGCCCUCGGUCCGCCACGGCCAUCCAGAUGAACAACGCAGCUCACGUGCAAGAGCGCGAUGAGGAGUACGGCUACGAGUGCCUCGACGGCAAGGACUGCACCAGCUUCUUCUGCUGCUUUGAGGACUGUCGCUCGGGCGCCUGGAGGCACGGCCGAUUGCACAUCCGCAUCGGCAAAUUAGACUCGUACGCUCGCAUCUUUUUCCCCACCGCCUUUGGCCUCUUCAACCUCGUCUACUGGGUGUCCUAUCUCUAUCUCUAAGUCUCGCGCACGUAGCUGGCCUUAACAUAUACCGAAAAGACCGUACGUUUCCGCGCUCCUUAAAAAUCAAACAUGAACGCUUCGCAGUCCGUUUCCAUUUUGGUUUACGUGUUUGUUAUUGACACAUGUUUGCGGUUGUUUUAAAAAAUGAAGCAUCUGAUUCGAGAGAAAGUUGUAGCAAAACUAGACGGAAGAGCGAGGGAUGAUAUCACUCGAUGCCUUGAAAUGCAGAGAGAUUUUUCCUGUUUUUUUUCCUUCCCAAUCGAACGUUACAUAAUAUCUCCACAGUUUCAUUGUUGCCAUGGCUCUGUUUAGUCAGAUGAGUUAGCAAGGUAGCAAUGCAGAUGGGGGGUGUCAUCUCGUGUGACCAUCAUUCUGCAGGAUAGCUUCAGCUGCUGUCUGAAGAAACUUUGCUGUUGGGGGGCGUUUUGGCUAUUUAUGCACUUCUUUGUUUUUUUUUUUAUCCCUCCAAUCACAUUCAAAUUUAGAUUUUAAUUUCCAAAUUGUAAAAUUCUACCAUAAAUUGACAAUUUUUUUUUUUUAAUUAUUCUGAAAAUCUGCUUUUUACCUUUCAUCGCAUUUGUUAAUUUAUCCAUCCAUCCACCUUUAUGUUGCCUCUCUCAGUGAGGGUUAUGGUCAUAUGUUUUGUCAAAAUGUCAUGAAUACAGAAUGCAAAUUAGGCACGACUUAAAAAAGAACUUAAGCAGCAUAGAUUAAUAAACACUGAUUAUUAACUAACGGUUAGACUUCUCAGUCAAAGGUGUGUAAGAAAGAGGAAUCCUUUUUUUAAUGAAUCAUCAGGUCUACAGUCAACUGUAUACAAACUGUAUAUAUUUUAAUAUUGAAUAUGUUGUAGUGGUUUGUUUAACGCAUGCAUCUAUGAGGCCAAAAACAAACUAACUUAUCAAGGUCUUCUACCGACGUCUGUGGAAACAAGAGGAAACGUUGCACAAGAAACAUAAGUAGAACAUUUUACUGAAAAGCAUCAGAGAAGAAACAUUAAGUUUCCCAUAAACUUGAAACCAAUUGCCUUUGAUGCAUUAAUAGUAUUCUUUCUUUUUCGUUAUUCUAGAAUGCAAGAGCACUAUUUUAUUUUACCAUAAAUACUUCAGUCCUUUAUAAAGGAUGGUUGGUAUUGAAAUGAAACUGUAAACGAUCCUACAGGUAGGGAAAUUGUAGUAUUUAAUAAUGUCUUUGAUAUAUACUUUAUUUUCUAUCAAUACUUAAACCAGUUUUGUCAUCACACACGAUUUUUUUUUUUUUUAUGUCAUUUUCCAUUAUUACCGAGCAGCCCUGAAUAAACGGACAGUUACGCGACAUAAAUAUUUCCCUGAGAGUGUAAUCAUAAGUGCACCAUUUAAAUUAAAAAAACAAGGUUGAAAAGCAAUGCGACGCAUAAUGACGGAGAUGUGUAAUAAAAGAGAGGAAUGCCAGCGUGACCAAAGAUGCUGUUAAAGGAAAGAUACAGAACUGCUAUUGGUUGGUGAUAAAACAUACCAAACUGCUAUUGGUUGGUGAUAAAACAUACCAAACUGCUAUUGGUUAGUGACAGUGAUGGUGGACCGGACCACCAUAUAAAAACAGGAAACGUGGGAAGGAUCUGAAUCUGCUUAUUUGACCAUACUUUGUUCUCGUGUACCCGUCAUCUUCCUUUGCCCGAAGACCAGUUCCAAUACUAAGAGCAAGACGAUAAAAUUCCCCAGAUGUCGUUCUUGCCUCGCCACAAAUAUCAAGGAUACAUGUGUGGCAUUCUCGCCAAAUGACACCAGUCCCAUGAUUCAUUGCGCCCCAAGUUCGUUCUUGGAAACCGAGUUAGCAAGACCGGUCUUGCCAGGAUCAUAAGUACGGUCUUGGUGUUGAGCUCAUGGUGUUUACUCGGGGAAAACAGGAAGUGGCCCUUUUUGCAGAGGAAUGAAAUGGAGAAGGAAAAGGCAUAAAUGUUUGUCAGGGGGACAUGGAACAAGUCUGCAAUCUUGUGCGGAUUGUCACUUCUUUCAGGUUUCAUGGGGUGGCGGGGUUAUCUGUUUGUACUUGUUACAAGGAACAAUGGACAGGUGGAAUUAUUCAGCACAAAACUGGUUAGCAGGUUCACCUUCCUGAAACAGCCAACCCACUUCUGACAGACAGCUAAUGCAAUUUUUUUUUUGUUCAGUUUUGUUCAACUGGAUGUGUUUCCAUUGUUUGUUUACAUAUAUAUGCCCCCAAUUAAAAGACAAACAGCAUAAGGUAUAUAGGCAAUUAACCUGUAUUCCCACUGAGGAGAAAACUGUGGUAAAUGAUAAAAAAAAAAAAAAGAAAAAGAAAAAAUAAGAUUGGCUAGGCUGGAGGAAAAAAUGGACAGUCUGUGACAAUUUUUUUUGUUUUGCUUUUAAUUUUUUUUAUUGCUUUCAUCAGUAUAGCUUUAAAUAUGUUGUUAUAUCGCUUCAUUGUGUAGUUCAUGCAGCAUGGGAAUGACCAAACAAAAUCGAUCAAACUAUCUUACUCUUACCAGUUUGGCAUGGUACACUCUUUGAAGCAACCAGGUUUCUGGUGUAAAUCUGUGUGUAUUUGUAUGUGUCAUGUUCAUGUAAUUCUUGAGAAUGUUAUUCUGUAUAAGGAAUUCAAUCAAGAAUCGAACAGGCCAAUCACAACAUGCAGUUAAGAUUAUGUUUCAUUACAUUUUAUAUCCCCUAUUACUAAAUUUGAAACUCAACUUUCAUAUCGACGAGGUUUUGACUUGCAGUAUGAGUGAAGUGAUCCUGUUACGUUGUACUGUUUGUCAAUGUUACUGUAUUUCUUUGUUUUGACGACGGCUACUGUGUGCUUUUUCAAGCACGGAGCCCUUUCUGACACAAUGUCACUUUGUUUUUUGUUUUUUUUUUUGAGAAAAUAUUGAGAAUGAGUGGUAAUAGCAGCUUUAGGAACCAAUGGGAGACGUAUUCGAGUGGAGUUUGUAUAUAAUUCCGAUGUCAUACUCUCCCAUCGCUUGCAAUAGACCAAGUUUUUCCUUUUGGUCUCCAUUUCACCUCACUUCUUACCAUGUUAAUCCACGGCUGUAUUAGGCGUUGCGUUCAAAUCGCCCAGCUUUGUCUUUGUACACAAGUUGUUUUGUCUGAAGUGAAUAUGUGUUUUCAUAUCAAACAGAAGGAACACAUGAUAUAUUUCAGCCAUUGUUGUUUUUAACGCUAAAUGUAGGGGAAUGUAAAUGUAUAACAAAGAUAUUAAAGUGCCAAACUCAAAUGCAAUUUGAUAUUAAUAUUUGCUUAUGCAAUUAAAACACUAUGAAAUUACAUCUCUUUUUAAAGUUAAAUGCAUUUAUUCGUCAAAAUAAGCUAAGCUAGCAUUUUUUGACUGACAAAUGUAAUAACUGAUAAAAUGCAAGACAUUGUUUUAAAACUCGUGAAUAAUAAUUAGCAUUAAUGUUUUAAGUGGAUUUCUUCCAAAAUGUUAAACUAGUUUUGUACCACUUUUCGAUAAAUUCCCUUUUGAAUAAUGCUUGAAUAUUACAAUACCUUCUUUAAAUGCCAAAAUUCAAAAUAUUUUGGAAUUUAAAUUGCAGAAAUUUAAAAUAUCAGACUUACUACAUAUAAAUUCGGUCCUUUGGCUUAUGUCAUAAAAAUCAAUACAGAUAAGGGAAAGGCAUAAAAUAUUUCUACAGGGAAAAUGUGAAUUAUUUAUACACUACAUUUAGGUGUCAGACAUGUAGACAGAUCAUCUACAUCUACAUCAAAUGCUCAAGGAUCAUGAAAAGGUUAGGGCACAAAAAGGCUUUUAUUUUGAAAUGGACCCUACAUGUGGAUCGCAUGUAAAUAAUAGUUAUAUUUUCUGACAUCAGACAGUAAUACAGUUUGUCACACUUGGGCUCAGUAAAUGAUCACCAACAACUGGAAGAUGACUGAUCUGGAUAAUUAUUCACAUGGUGUGUCUCCAAGCUUGGGUGUCGUACAGAGAUCCCUAUAAAUACUAGUUCAGGUGUUCACUGUAUGUACGACAGGAUACCCUUUUCAUAAAGGAACUGCAUACAGUUGUGGAAUUUUACAAUAAAAAAUUUCUGCAUUCAA